AUGAGCCAUGAAGUUGAGCCAUUGCUGAAUCCGGAGGAGGAGAGAUUUGUGCUGUUUCCUAUAAAAUACAUAGACAUAUGGAAGCUGUACAAGAAGGCCGAGAGCUCCUUCUGGACUGUGGAAGAGGUUACGCUUGACAAGGACAUUGAGGAUUGGGGAAAGCUGAAUGCGGGUGAGAAGCACUUUAUCUCGCAUGUCCUUGCCUUUUUUGCAGCCUCUGACGGGAUUGUCAAUCUCAACCUGCUCGAGAGGUUUUCGAACGAGGUCAAGAUACUUGAGGCGAAGUUCUUCUAUGGAUUCCAAAUGGCGAUUGAGAACAUUCAUAGUGAGAUGUAUAGCUUGCUCAUUGAUACAUACAUAAAGGAUGCAGCCGAGAAGGACUUUUUGUUCAAUGCGAUCAAGAACAUCCCGUCUGUGGGGGACAAGGCUGACUGGGCAAUAAGAUGGAUUGAGGACAAGGACUCGAGCUUUGCAACCAGGCUUGUAGCAUUUGCCUGUGUGGAGGGGAUAUUCUUUUCUGGAGCGUUUGCAUCGAUAUUCUGGCUGAAGAAGAGGGGGCUGAUGCCUGGGCUGACGUUUUCGAACGAGUUGAUAAGUAGGGAUGAGGGGCUACACUGCGAGUUUGCAUGCCACCUCCACAGGUAUCACCUGAGAAACAAGUGUACAAGAACAAAGGAGAUUGUGAUGGAUGCCGUGAGGAUUGAGAAGGAUUUCCUGAGCAACAGCUUGCCUGUGAAGCUCAUAGGGAUGAACUGCGAUCUCAUGUGCAAGUAUAUAGAGUUUGUAGCUGAUACGUUGCUGGAGAAUCUUGGGGAGGAGAAGAUAUACCACACUGCAAAUCCGUUUGACUUUAUGGAGAACAUUUCCCUGGUUGGAAAGACAAACUUCUUCGACAAGAGGGAAUCCCAAUACCAAAAGGCAUUUGUGGGAAUUGAGAAUGGAAACGAUUCCUUUAGGAUAGACGUAGAUUUUUGA